UCGAGAGCCCUCACCCUCCCAAUCCCGCCGCGCUCCAGGGAUGGCCGCCGCCGCCACCACCACCGCCACCGCCGCCAUACCCUCCUCCCGUCCCCUCCGCGCGCCCCCCGCGCCGUCCACCGUCCAUCGACAGCUCAGGUGCCACGCCGGCCCCAGCCCCUCGCUCCUCGCGCUGCGCCACCGCGCCGCCCGCGCCCCGUCGGCCCGGGCCCUGCUCGACAAGGUCACGCCCUUCAACUUCGGCGAGGAGGAGGAUGACGGCGGCGACGACCACCCCCGCGAGGAGUGCGGCGUGUUCGGCGUCGUGGGCGACCCGGAGGCGUCGUCGCUCUGCUAUCUCGGCCUGCAGAAGCUGCAGCAUCGCGGGGAGGAGGGCGCCGGCAUCUGCGCCGCCGGGGACGACGGCAAGCUCAAGUCCGUGACGGGGCUGGGGCUCGUCAGUGACGUGUUCAGGGACCCGGCGCACCUCGGGAGCCUCCCCGGGCAGGCCGCCAUCGGCCACGUCCGCUACUCCACCUCCGGCGGCCAGGCCCAGCUGUGCAACGUGCAGCCGUUCCUCGCCGGGUACCGGUUCGGGCAGCUCGCCGUGGCGCACAACGGCAACCUGGUGAACUACCUGCCGCUGCGCCACAAGCUGGAGGCGCAGGGCUCCAUCUUCAACAACUCGUCGGACACGGAGGUCAUCCUCCACCUCAUCGCCACGUCGCUCUCGCGCCCGCUGCUUGCCCGCAUCUGCGACGCCUGCGAGCGCCUCCAGGGCGCCUACUCGCUGCUCUUCCUCACGGCCGACAAGCUCUUCGCCGUGCGCGACCCCUUCGGCUUCCGCCCGCUGGUCAUGGGCCGCCGCCCCAACGGCGCCGUCGUGUUCGCGUCGGAGACCUGCGCGCUCGACCUCAUCGACGCCGUGUACGAGCGGGAGGUGGAGCCCGGGGAGGUGAUCGUCGUGGACCGCCGGGACAUGUCCGUGUCCUCGGCCUGCCUCGUCCCGCACCGCCCGCGCAAGUCCUGCGUGUUCGAGCACAUUUACUUCGCGCUGCCCAAUUCCAUCGUGUUCGGGCACGCCGUCCACGAGCGGCGCACCGCCUACGGCCGCGCGCUGGCCGAGGAGUCCCCCGCCCCGACCGCCGACGUGGUCAUCCCCGUGCCGGACUCUGGCUUCUACGCGGCGCUCGGCUUCGCGCAGGCCUCGGGGCUCGAGUUCCAGCAGGGGCUCAUCCGGUCGCAUUACACCGGCCGCAGCUUCAUCCAGCCGACGCAGGCGAUCCGCGACCUCGCCGUGAAGCUCAAGCUCGCGCCCGUGCGCGGCGUCAUCACGGGCAAGAGCGUGGUCGUGGUCGACGACUCGAUCGUGCGCGGCACCACGUCGAGCAAGAUCGUGCGCCUGCUCCGCGACGCCGGGGCCCGCGAGGUGCACAUGCGCAUCUCCAGCCCGCCGGUGGUGGGCCGAUGCCACUACGGCAUCGACACGCCGGACGAGAAGGAGCUGAUAUCCAACCGGCUGGACGUCGAGGGCGUGCGCGAGAUGAUCGGCUGCGACUCGCUCGGCUUCCUUUCGCUGGACAAGCUCCACAGCAUCUACGGCGACGAGGCGGACGAGCUCUGCGACGCCUGCUUCUCGCGGAACUACCCAGUGCCUAUGCCGGAGAAGGUGCCGGCGAUGGCAUCCGCCGAUGAUGAAGACUGACCAGAAUGUGCGACUAGGGAAGUGGCUCUGUACUCCGCAUGCUUCUAUAGGAUUUUCGGCGUGGCGAACUGUGUCGUGGCAAUUGCAUUCUUCAUCUGAAUUUUUGCAGGUCUUAAGUUUGUAUCGCUGAGCGGCUAGCAUUCUUGGCCUCUCAAAAUUGAGGUUUCGAAACCUUUUUCUUGGGUCAAUUUAUAUACUGUAAGAAAGGUUGACAAGUCAGGCAUCUAAUAUUGCUUCGUCGCCGGCGUGAAUUGCUGAUGAAUUGCAUUUUUCAAGCUCCUGCUGAAUCGGGAGCAUUUCUA